CAUCACCAUACUUGUUUGGAUGCUCCAGUAGUACAUAGAAAGCAACGCAGAAAUCUGAAUAUACUCUGAAUAAGGAAGGUUACUGGGAAAUAAUGUUAGCGGACGGUGUUUAGUCAGAAGUGUUUGUUCAGAGGCAGCGUUUAUCAUCAUUGUAUGUUUAUAUAAGAGGCUAUCUGGCUAGCACAGCAACAGUGAACGCGUUUCCGUGGCAACGGCGCAUUCAGUCUGGAAAGAUCACACUAUAAAAGCAUAAAGGUAAGGAGAAAGGAUGCGACUGAAAACAUUUCUGCUAAAGGAACCAAAACAUAGAGAACUGGUCAGUUGUGUAGGAUGGACCACGGCUGAUGAGCUUUACUCCUGUAGUGAUGACCAUCAGAUACUUAGAUGGAGCCUGCUCACCAAUGACACCAGUGUUGUUGUAAAACUUCCCGAUGAUAUUUAUCCCAUCGACCUGCACUGGUUUCCCAAGACCGUCAGUGGAAAGAAACAAGGCGUUUCUGAGAUCUUUGCCCUUACCAGCACUGAUGGUAAACUCCAUCUGGUGUCGAAGUCUGGUCGUAUUGAGAAGAGUGUGGAGUCUCAUAAAGGAGCUGUGCUCGCAGGACGGUGGAAUCAUGAUGGGACCGCUCUUAUCACAGCUGGUGAAGAUGGACAGUUAAAGAUCUGGUCUAAGAGUGGUAUGCUGAGGUCAACUCUAGCUCAACAAGGAUCUCCGGUGUAUUCUGUGGCGUGGUCUCCAGACUCCAGCAGGGUCCUGUACACGUCAGGUCGACAGCUGAUCAUUAAACCACUGCAGCCCAGCUCCAAACCUCUGCAGUGGAAAGCUCAUGAUGGUGUCAUUCUGAAAGUUGACUGGAGUGUUGUCAAUGAUCUGAUACUCUCAGCAGGUGAAGACUGUAAAUAUAAGGUGUGGGACAGCUAUGGGCGGCUCCUCUUCUCCAGUUCCUCUCAUGAUUACCCCAUCACCUCUGUGUCCUGGGCUCCUGAUGGUGAGCUCUUCGCCGUGGGCUCUUUCCAUACACUCAGACUGUGUGAUAAGACUGGGUGGUCGUACUCUCUGGAGAAGCCCAGCACAGGAAGUUUAUUUAGCUUGGCCUGGUCUACAGAUGGUACUCAGCUGGCAGCAGCGUGUGGAAAUGGACAUGUACUAUUUGCUCAUAUUAUUGAACAGAGAUGGGAGUGGAAGAACUUUGAAAUCACACUUACAAAGAGACGCUCUAUGCAGGUGCGAAAUGUGUUAAAUGAUGCAGUAGAUGUUUUGGAGUUCAGAGAUCGGGUCAUCAAAGCAUCAUUAGCUCAUGGACAUCUGGUGGUCGCCACAUCUCUGCAGUGUUAUGUGUACAGUGUGAAGAACUGGAACACUCCACUGAUCUUUGAACUAAAGGAGGGUACGGUCAGCCUUAUACAGCAGACAGCGAGAUAUUUUCUGUUGGUGGAUGGAGCCGAGGUUUAUGUGUACUCAUAUGAGGGACGUUUGGUGUCAGCUCCUAAGAGUCCAGGAAUGAGAAUGGACAUCCUGAACUCUCAGUCAGUUUCUCUAAGCAAUGACAUCAUCGCUAUACGUGAUACAGCUGAUGAACGAGUCAUUUUUCUGUUUGAAGUGCUAACAGGAAAACCCAUCGGUGAUGGCAAACCUUUCAUUCACAAGACAGAGGUGAUGUCUAUUGGUCUGGAUCAGUGUGGAUCAUCUAAUGACAGACGGAUCGCAUUGAUCGAUAAGAACCGUGAUCUUUACCUGAGUUCAGUGAGGAUGUUUGGUCGAGCUCACAGCGUUUAUAAGAUCGGUACGAUGGUGGACAGCAUGGCCUGGAACGAUUCAUCAAACAUACUGUGUGCGAUCCAGGAUAAUCACUUAACCUUGUGGUAUUAUCCUAAUGUUGUGUUUGUGGACAAAGAUCUGCUGCCCAAAACCAUCUUUACUACAGAGAACAGUGAGUUCAGUCGACCGCCUCAGAUCUUGAGUUAUGUGGGUACUCAGGUGACCGUGAGACGGGUAGAUGGAUCUCUGGUGUGCAGUGGGGUGUCACCGUACCCAACAUUACUGCACGAGUACACCGGCAGUGCCCGCUGGGACGACGCCCUUCGCCUAUGUCGCUUUGCUAAGGAUCAAAGGCUCUGGUCUUGUUUGGCAGGCAUGGCAGUGGCCAGUCGAGAGCUCAACACAGCAGAAGUGUGUUACGCUGCUAUUGGAGAGGUUGAUAAGGUGCAGUAUAUAAACUUUAUAAAGGAUCUGCCGUCUAAAGACUCGUGUCUGGCUCAUAUGAUGCUCUUCAGUGGUCACGUACAGGAGGCAGAGUCUACUCUCCUGCAGGCCAACCUUAUAUAUCAUGCCAUUCAGAUUCACAUUAACCUGUAUAACUGGGACAGAGCUCUGGAGCUGGCUGUUAAACACAAGACACAUGUGGACACUGUACUCGCACACAGACACAAGUUCCUGCAAGACUUCGGCAAACAAGAAACCAACAAACGAUUCCUGCAGUACAGCGAGGGAGUGGAGGUGGACUGGGAGAAGAUCCAGGCUAAGAUUGAAAUGGAGUUUGCUAAUGAAAGAGAACAAGCGGCAAACUCCUCUGUCAGAAGCAGUUUGUCCAUCCGACGCUGAUUUGUGUUAAACUGACUGAUCUGAGGACAGGCAAACCUCCUCCAAACUAAUAGCUGCACACUGUUGUAAAACAAUCAUUUAUAUGUCAGCACCUGAUAAUAUACAGUUGUCAUUUAUAGACAACAGUUUUUAUUAAAACCUUAAAUAUUUUGUGAUAAAUCAUUGUAUAAUAGCUAGAAUAAUAAGAAUGAAUUCUUUUCUAAUGGAAAUCAGAUGUGUAUGUGCUUAUUAAAUGCAGAUUUUAUGUUUGUUUCA